UUCACACUUCACACGCUCAAAUGGAAACCUCGUGCAAAUAAGGCAAACAAAUUCAACCAAAUUUUGAAUUUCCCACAAAAAAUCAAAUCGCACUCAGAAAAACUUCUUGUGUUUGAGAUCAAAUCAAAAACGGAAAAACCUUCUUGUUCAGUCGAAGAUCGGAUCGACAAGCGGAAGACAGAGCUGAGUAAAGCUAGUAUUGUUCUCAGUUGCAAUCAGCUACACUCCGAAGAUUCUUCUUGUGGCUAGAGUAUGGCGUACUCAGAACCUGUGAGCACUGAAAGAGAUUCUGUACUAGUUAACACUGGUCCCAGGAAACCUCGAAUUUUGCUUGCUGCUAGUGGAAGUGUGGCUGCUAUAAAGUUUGGAAAUCUUUGCAAUUGCUUUUCUGAAUGGGCAGAAGUGAGAGCGGUUGCGACGAAAUCUUCGUUACAUUUCAUCGAUAGAGCAUCACUUCCUAAGGAUGUAAUUCUUUAUACUGACGAUGAUGAAUGGUCCACUUGGAAGAAGAUAGGUGACAGUGUGCUCCACAUUGAGCUGCGCAGAUGGGCUGAUAUCAUGGUUAUUGCCCCCUUGUCAGCAAACACACUUGGCAAGAUUGCAGGAGGAUUGUGUGAUAACUUGCUGACCUGCAUUGUGCGGGCGUGGGACUACAGUAAACCACUUUUUGUAGCCCCAGCCAUGAACACCUUUAUGUGGACCAAUCCUUUCACAGAACGGCAUCUUAUGGUAAUUGAUGAGCUCGGAAUUUCUCUCAUACCACCUGUAACAAAGAGGCUAGCCUGCGGGGAUUAUGGAAACGGUGCGAUGGCUGAACCAUCACUAAUUUUCGCAUCUGUGAGACUCUUCUUAGAGUCAAGGGCACAACCAGGUGGCAGCAAUAGUCACUAGUUAAUCAUUGCAAAUCCUUCAUACAUAGAGAUGACGGAAGAACAAGUACUUACCAACUUCUUGUACAAAUGCUAGUGUCCUUUUUUGGUUCCCAAAUCUGCACCAAUUGUUUGGAAUGGUUAUUUUUAUUGAGAGUGUUCUGUUUGACAUUAUGGGCUCGAUUCUGGUGCAUUCUGUGUAAUGUGAAGAGAUUAAUAUAGGAAUGUUCCUUGUGGACUAGGUUCGGUUCAAUUGUCUGUUUUCGUUUUUCUGAACUGUGUAAUAGAUUUAUCGGUUAUGGAUGCCAGUUUCUUGGUAUAUGACCAAAUUCUGAUUGAAC